AUGUUGUAUCGCGUACCCCGCUUCAUUCCCGAAGAGUUCAAGAAGCACUCCAAGGUGCAGUACGAGGUCGUGGAGCCAGCACCGCUGCCCCCGCGUCGCAAGCGCGACCAACUCACUCCGCCUCCAAACGCGGAGGCUUGCCAGGACCGGAAACGACCAAGUCUUCGCAGAGAAUGCGGACGUAAAGAGCCUGGCCCUCGGGUAGAGCAGUCUCCCCAGGAGGAUUGCUUGCUCCUACGUCGGCUCCCCGCAGAGAUCAGGCUGCACAUCUGGGAGCUCUUGCUCGGUGGCGACGUCGUGCACAUUCUGGCAAAGGUCCACAAGCUGGGACACUGUGUCUGCCGCGGUGAAGAGACGGCGUGCGACGACUGCUAUCGUGGGCGGAUAACGAAGUCGCCUGCGAUCCCCUCAAUCCAAUACUCCGAGCCUUUUGCACAAGAUAGGCAAUUAGAACACUGGAACAAGCUCAACAUACUUCUGACGUGCCGGCAAAUCUAUGCUGAAGCCAUCGACAUCCUCUACGCACAUAACACGUUCCACUUCAACCGUCUGUGGGCGUUACAUUUCUUCCGUCGGACGACGCUUCCUAAACGGUUUGCGCUCAUUCGCAGAGUCAUCAUCCGCCAUGCCUUUUCCAAAAAGCGCUUCGAUGGCGCUGAUGCCAAUCGCAUUACCUCCUCAACCUCAGAGGGAGACUGGAACGCCACUUGCAAGGCAUUUCUUGCCAUGUCUGGGCUGCGUGAGCUGCAGUUCUUAGUGGAGCCGGCUUUUUUUUUGGGUGCCAGUCGGCCUCACACGCUUAUUGGGGCGUUCCAGAAGCUCAAGGGCAUUGACCUGGAAAAGGAGGCCUUUGAGAUUCAGAUGAGGGUUGUGCGGGAGUGGCAGUUCUGGCCCGAUGGCAAGGCCAUGGAGGAAGGUCUGAACGCGAGCGGAGUGAAGUGUAGAGUGACCGUUGUGGACGAUUCUUUAUUCAGUGGCGCAUAG